AGUGAGUAUCAAGCAGCUAGGGAAAACGAUCAGACGAGUUUUGGCACUUGCCGACUGCAGACGCGCACACCUUCUUAUUUAAAAAAAAAAAAAAACUAGAAAAUAAUUGUGAAUUAAAAACUUAACACUGUGUUUUAUUUUUAAAAAAAAUAUUGUGAUAUGUACGGUGACUUAAAAGAGUAUCAAAGUGAUAGUUUUCAAGAUUAUACAAAAUUACGUGUUGAUAAUUAUUCAAUGAUGCAAUCACAACAGCCUUUGGUUACAAUGCCAAAAUCAGCAAGUGGAGUUUAUUCUGUUGGUGAUUCAUCUGGUAUACCCAGUGCUGGUAGUUCAGCAAGUAAUUCACCAAAUAGUUAUGAACGUCAUUCACCACCACAAUUUGUUGAAUUAUUAAGUCCAUCAGAUCACCAUGCUUUACCUGGUUUUCAUCAACCAAUUCAUUCUUAUCAUCAAGUAAAUAAUUCAAAUUACAUUGCUACACAAACAUCACCACUACCACCACCACCACCAGCACUAUUAUCAUCAACAUCACCAACAACAACUCUAUAUAAUUAUUGUGAUAAUUUUGGUGAUAAUAAGAGAUAUCAAGAAAUGCAAACACAACAAAAUAUAAACAAUAAUAAUAAUAACAAUAUUAUUAAUAAUAAUAAUAAUUGUAAAGUUUAUGAAAGAAAUAAUAAUUUGUAUGAUUAUGAAAGAAAUAAAGAUGGUUUUAUGUCUGAUCACAGUCGUGAACAAGAACAAAACUUGUACCUUUCAACUAGUCAUUCACCAAGCACUAAUUAUCAUUCACCAAAUGCAAAUAAUGAUGAUAUUCAUAAUCAAGAUAUUCACAAUUUACAAGGUUAUCAUGGAAAUAAUGAUAAUAUUGAUAUUGUUGAAUACAAGCCAGUAAUUAGAAAUGUAUUUGAUAUGAACACAGCCAAUAAUAAUAUUCAACAACAACAACACCAUCAACAGCAACAGCAUCAUCAUCAACAACAACAACUACAAACACAACAGCAACAACAUUCACAGCAGCAACAGCAACAACAAGAAAUUUGUAAUGAAACAAAUAGUUUAUCAAGAGAUAAUGAUUUAUUACAGAUGAAUUACAGACGUGCAAUUGGUAUUAAAAGAAAAAGAAAUUCAAGUUCUGGUGGUGAUUCAGAAAAUGAAAGUAUAUCAUCAUCAUCAUUAAGUUCAAAAACAAAAAUAAGAAAAAAAAGUAUAACAUCAUAUGAAGAAAUACAAAGUCAACGAGUACAAGCUAAUGUCAGAGAAAGACAGAGAACUCAAAGUUUAAAUGAAGCAUUUGCAUCAUUAAGAAAAAUCAUUCCAACAUUACCAAGUGAUAAGUUGAGUAAAAUUCAAACAUUAAAAUUAGCAACAAGAUAUAUUGAAUUUUUAACUCAAGUUGCCAAAUGUAAUCCUGAUGCGGCGGAUACAGUAAACAAAGUUGAUGAACAUGGCCAAAUGAGUUCUAUGGGAGCAGUCAUCUCAGCUCGCGAAAUAACAUCAUCAACACCAUGCACCUACUUGGCACAUGAAAGACUAUCAUAUGCUUUUAGUGUUUGGCGAAUGGACGGUGAUUGGAAUACAAAUAUUUAAAAACGUUAUUUUAAAAAGUUAGAUAGGUAGAAAAAUUUUAUAAAUAUAAAAAAAAAAAAAAAAUUGUUGAGUAAAAUAUUUAAAGUAAAAUAUUUAAAAGAGAAACGAAAUAUUAAAAAAAUUAUUUUUAUAAAAAAAUAAUAGUUAUUAUUUUUAAAAUUUUUGUUGAUGAUAAUUAAACAAAGGGCGUGGUUUUAUAAAAAAGAAAGGGUUUCCCCUCAUCAGUGUGUAUAUAAAUUUCAAAAUAAACUUAGAUAUAUUCACACGGGUCUCGAGAUUGACGCGCGUCUGGAUGAAAGUAAAAGAAGAAGAUACGUUGAGACAAGUACAAGAAAAUAAAAACCAAAGCAACUCGAAGGGGAAAAAAUAGAGAAAAAAAAAAAAAAAAAUUAAAAAAAACAUGCAUAGUUUGGUGAUGGUAUAUGGGAUCGACGUCGACGGCAGUCAUCUUGGGAAAAAAAUAAUAUUUUGCCCCACACAAUAUGUACCCAUCUAAACGGUCGCCACACAUAUACAUAUUUUUUUAAAUUUUUUCUUAAAAACGAAAAAUAAAUUAAAUACAAAAAUAUUAAAAUGCAGUAUGAUUUUUAAUAAAUAUU